AUGUCUGCAUUGAAAACACACCCCAAAGUCUAUUGGAUAUGGAAUCAUCGUAUGUGGUGUCUGGAGCAUAUACCUGAAGGUCCUGGUCAAGAUGCUGAAACCAUCUUUGGCUGGAAGCAGAAGGCUUGGGAUAGAGAGCUCUUUGUCGUUGAAAAGAUGCUUGAUGCUGAUCCGAGAAAUUUUCUUGCAUGGGACUAUAGGAGAUAUGUUCUGGCCAGUAUGCCAGUACCACGGCCCGAGUCUGCGGAACUUGUCUAUACUUCACGCAAGAUUGGCGCCAAUUUCUCAAACUUUUCUGCUUGGCAUCAAAGGUCCAAAACCCUUGCUUCCUUGUGGGGGCAAGGAAAGCUGAACGAAGAGAAAUCCAGGGAGCAAGAAUUCGAAUUGCUCAGGAAUGCGAUGUACACUGAUCCAAAUGACCAAAGUGUUUGGAUGUACCACCGUUGGCUAGUAGGCACAGAUGGCAGCAAAGAGCUACUAAAUCGCGAAAUAGCUGCUAUACAGGAAUUGCUAGAUGAACAACCGGACAGUAAAUGGUGCUUGGAAUCCAUUGUCCACUAUAAGCGUCUACUGCUGAAGAACUGGGUCUCCGGGGCCGAAGCUGGGCCGUUAAUAAGUGAUGUCAAAUCCCUGUUACACCGCCUAGAACAGUUGGAUCCGGCGCGACGUAGGCGAUACCGUGAUCUUGCUCACGAACUGGACGACGAUGGGACACGCUCGAAACAAUAG